AUAUUCUUUUUCUCUUACUUCUUCCAGCCCUUCCCUCUUCAUCAAUAUCUUCAUCAUUACCAGUCCCGUCCCUCGACUCCGAUCCUGUCUCAAGUGGAUAGACACAGACACAAUUCCUUUGUUCGCGAGACUCGAUCCUUGAUCCUCGAUAACGAACUCCGCUACGGGCUGCGCCUAACCGACCACCUUAACCAUGCCCAUCUUCAACAACACUCCCGAGGCCAGGCUUGGCAGAGCCGACUCCAAAAACCCAUCAACAACAUGUCGCGGAAUCACGUCUGCCGGCAAGCCCUGCAGACGCCCCAACAGUCUCACUCAAGGUGGAAAAGUAAAGGUUAGCGACCCGAGCGAUGAGCGCCUCUACUGCCACCAGCACAAGGACCAGGCUCGUCUGGCGGCCCAUUCGGCUCCUGGGCCCGUCCGACCAGCCCAUGCCGCCAUCGCCGAGGAGCGCUCCAGUCUCGACACCUUAGCCGAGCGUCUGGGCUUGAUGAAGACCAAUUCGGCCCAAGUACGGCCAUCUGCGCAAUACCAAAGACCUCCACGACCGGCGCAGCAGAAGAAGAGCUCCUCGCUUUGGUGCUGCUGCUUCAGCAUCCCCCUAGACCUCGAGCUCGAGGAACAAGCUCCGCCGCCGCGACCUCAGCCCAAGCCCGUACAGCACCAUGGAUCCUCGCAGCCCUCCCACCUGGCGCCCCCAUCAGGGUCGAGCCAACGCCCCCCAGCUGGCUCCAGCGUUUCCCAGACGGGGCAGUUCAUGUCCCUGAUCCCGCACACCGCCUCUCCCGAGACAGCCUCCUUGUUGAUGAAGGAACUCGCCAAGGGCUUCUCCUCGGGCGACGAGGCCGGCUACAUCUACAUCUUCUGGCUCACGCCCGAAACCGACCCGGCGACACCGCCGCACGAAGCCGCCAAGGCCUUGCUCACCACCAACCCACGAUCGCGAUCGACCUCUCGCGGGCGGGCGGCCAGCGACGCGCUGGAUCGGUACGCCACCUCGUAUGAUGACAGUCGCGGCAGGGCCGGUGCCGGCAGUAACGAGAAGAAGAAUAAGAAGAUCCUUCUCAAGAUCGGCCGCGCCAACAACGUGCAGCGGCGUCUGAACGAGUGGCAGCGCCAGUGCGGAUACAACAUUUCGUUGAUUAGAUAUUACCCCUAUGUUUCGUCGUCCAGCACCAGCGACGUGAUGCGCAAGAUGCCGCACAGCCACAAGGUCGAGAGGCUCAUCCAUAUCGAGCUGCAGGGGCGCGGGCUGAGGGUUAUGGACCGCGGCAAGUGCGCGUCGUGCGGGAAGGAGCAUAAGGAGUGGUUCGAGGUGGAUAAUACGAGGGCGGCGGUGGCGGAUAUCGAUGAGGUUGUGAGGAGGUGGUCGGACUGGGACGAGACUCAGGCUUAGACGAUGGAUGGGUGAUGGGUGAUGGUUGGUUUUCAGGCUUUCUUCUUCUUGGAUGAGCGACGAAAGUUGGGUUUUGAUACAUGAUUGGCAUAUAACAUGACACGACAGGACACGACACGACACGACACGGCGCAGCAUGGCAUUUGGCAUUUGGCGUUACGGAUGGAUAUUUUCGUUGGUUUAGAUUUCGGUUACGUUUCAACCAUCUGUAGGCGGGAAAUUUUGCGUGU